AUGAGUGAAGAAGUCACUUGUGGGCCUGCUGAUGCGUUUAUCAUAGGGAAAAGAGAAGAUUAUUCAGACGAAAGAGACCCAAUAGAAAAAGCCUCACCACCUGUUGCCAGCAUUUCAAACAGUAGCACAGACAACUUUGACAUUGUUAGGGCAGCUCAGUAUGGUAUUUAUGAUAGGAUUGUGUACCUCGUUGAGCGGGGUCACAAUGUCAACCAAAUGGAUCAUGAGAAUGUUUCAAUUUUGCAUUGGGCAGCAAUCAAUAACAGAUCAGAAAUUGUCAAGUACUUGAUAUCUAAAGGAGCCAUAGUGGAUAGAUUCGGAGGGGACCUCAACUCCACGCCACUGCACUGGGCAGUCAGACAGGGCCACCUUGCAAUGGUUGUAUUGCUGAUGUCGCACGGUGCAGAUCCAUCGUUGUUUGAUGGAGAAGUUCAGCUACGAGAAGAACUACAGAAACGAAGUCUUGUCACAAGUGGCAACAAAGAAGUACUAGUAGCACGUCUGAGAGAAGCUCUCAUUGACGAAGGUAAGAACCCAGACGAAUUCAAGUUUGAUGGUGCUGACGAAGACAAUGAAAUUAGCACAGGCACGUUUACAACCGCUAAAAUGAUGGAACGUCUGCUUAGUAUGUCAACUGAAAUAAAACAACAGAUCAAAGAACAGUCCGAACAACAGUCCGAACGACAGACAGAAGAGUUAAAACAACAGAUCAAAGAACAGUCCGAACGACAGACAGAAGAGUUAAAACAACAGAUCAAGGAACAGCCCGAACGACAGACAGAGGAGUUAAAACACGUAAAAUUGGAAGUGGCAGAACAGAUUGAAGAACAGUCAACAAGAAUAGAAAUGAUCGAGCAGAAACUUGAUCGUCAGACCAUUGAGGUAGAUCACAAGAUAGACAAAUUGAAGCGAGAAUUGGAGCAAUCCAAAAAAAUGGCCAUGCCGUUAGAUCACGCAUCCGGAAGAACUUUGAAGGUACCAGCAUUUGACGGAGAGAUGUCCUGGAACGUUUAUAAAACCCAGUUCGAAGCAGCGGCAACUAGUAACUGUUGGAACGGAAAAGAACGAGCAACAGCACUGAUACUGGCCCUGCGAGGUUCAGCAGCAGAGGUUCUUCAGACGAUUCCGGCGGAGAACCAUUUCAACUAUGAAGUUCUGGUUAGCGCGUUGGAUUUACGUUAUGGUGAAGAACACAUGAAACAGAUUUAUCGGUCUCAGCUUAGAAACAGAACGCAACGAUCUGGUGAAUCCAUUCAGCAGCUGGCACAAGAUAUGGAACGGUUGACAUUGCUGUCGUAUCCGACAUCAGACCCCGAGCAUAGAGACGAAACUGCCCUGGAUACGUUUAUCAAAGCCCUUCGUGAUUCGGAACUCAAGCAAUCCCUUCUCUUGUCAGAUAAACGAAAUCUCAAGGAUGCCGUUGCGCACAGUCUCACUUUUGAAUCGGCAAACAUGGUGUACCCCAAUGCUGGAUUUGUGGUGAAAAAGGCCAUCUACGUCGUGAUUGUAACACCGCCUAAAAGAUAA